GCUACCCGGCUAGGUCCUUCUUCAAGAUGGCGAAGCUACUGAGCUGCGUACUGGGGCCGCGGUUGUACCGAGUUUACCGGGAACGAAGCCCUGCGAGAUCGCGCCGCCUCAGGGCUGAAGCCGACGAUGGGUCCCAAUCCUCUCUGGACCCUUCUUGGGAAUCAUAUUACCAGCCACGGACCCUUGAAAAACAUGCAGAUAGCAUCCUUGCGCUGGCUUCCGUGCUGUGGUCCAUUUCUUAUUACUCCUCCCCACUCGCUGCGUUUUACCUGUACAGAAAAGGGUAUUUAACCAUGCCGAAAGUUGUUGCUAUUUCUCACUAUGCUGGGACCAUGCUACUAUUGUUAGCUGGGAUUGCCUGCCUGAGAGGCAUCGGACGUUGGACAAACCCUCAGUACAUCCAGUUCAUUACCAUCCUUGAAGAUGCUCACCGGUAUGGCACAUCUGAACACAAGAAGAAACUUGCCAGCUACAAUUUUGACUUCAGGAGCUGGCCUGUAGACUUUCGGUGGGACGAGGUUACAAGUCGGUCAGAUUCAGGAAAUGUCCCCUUGUUGCGGUCAGAACCAAAGCAUCGAAGUGCAGUCAAUGGUUUUCUCCAUGCUGUCAAGAAGCUCCCCUGCCAAAUUGCCAGCUUUAUAGUGGCACACACGUUUGGACGGCGUAUGCUCUACCCCGGCUCUGUGUACCUGCUACAGAAGGCUCUGAUGCCCAUGUUACUUCAAGGACAGGCUCGGCUGGUGGAAGAAUGCAAUGGAAAACGAGCAAAGUUGGCAGCCUGUGAUGGAAACGAAAUUGACACCAUGUUCAUGGAUCGAAGGGAGACCUCAGAGCCCCAAGGCAGCAAACUAGUGAUUUGCUGUGAAGGAAAUGCAGGCUUCUAUGAAGUAGGCUGUCUCUCUACUCCCCUGGAUGCUGGAUAUUCUGUGCUGGGAUGGAAUCAUCCUGGGUUUGCAGGCAGCACGGGAGUGCCACUGCCACAGAAUGAGGCCAAUGCCAUGGAUGUGGUGAUGCAAUAUGCCAUCCACCACUUGGGCUUCCUUCCUGAAGACAUCAUCCUCUAUGCCUGGUCCAUUGGGGGCUUCACAGCCACUUGGGCAGCCAUGUCUUACCCCGAUGUCAGUGCUGUCGUUCUGGAUGCCUCCUUUGAUGACCUCGUCCCUCUUGCUCUCAAGGUCAUGCCGGAAAGCUGGAGGGGCUUGGUCACCCGGACAGUGAGACAACACUUGAACCUGAACAACGGGGAGCAGCUCUGCAGGUAUCAGGGUCCCGUGUUGCUGGUCCGCAGAACCAAAGAUGAGAUCAUCACCACGGUUCCUGAAGAUAUCAUGUCUAACAGAGGGAAUGACUUGCUGCUGAAGUUAUUACAGCACAGGUACCCCAAAAUCAUGACUGAAGAAGGCAUCAGAAUUGUGCGAGAAUGGCUGGAAGCUUCUACCCCCAUGGAAGAAGCCUCUAUUUAUAGCCGUCAUGAAGUAGAAGACGACUGGUGUCUGUCUGUACUGAAGUCAUACCAAGCCGAAGAUAGUGAUGAAUUUCCUUGGUGUGUUGGUGAAGACAUGACCCUUGAUGGGAGACGGCAACUUGCACUGUUCCUGGCACGGAAGCACCUGCAAAAUUUUGAAGCGACGCACUGUACUCCACUCCCUCCCCAAGAAUUUCAUCUUCCAUGGAGCUUAUAGCAUUCUUCACCACCAUCGCCACCACCACCUCCCAUUCUUCUGUAGCACUCACGGCUUCUUGUUCUGAUGUCCUUCCUCCUUCACCUUUCUUGUGUGCGCGCGUGUGUGUAUGUGUGAACGGCCAUUACUGUUCCUCCCCUAUGCUGUAAAUCUGCUUCUCUCCCCUGUAAUAUUGAUCCUCUGUCCCCAGUACUCACACGUUGUUGUAGGGGUUCACAAUAAAGAUGGUAUUUUUUA